AUGUCCUCGACAGCAGCAGCAACAACAACAACAACAUCAAAUAAUAGUAACACUAGUAAUCCCCAAUCUGGUGCACCAGAUAGUGCAAAGGAGGCUGUUUUCUUCCAGAGCAAUCCAAAGGACCUCGAGGGAAAGCCUUUGAUCAAGGGUUACGACUUUAACGAAGGUGUUGACUAUGCCAAGUUGUUCAAGUCAUUCACUCAGACUGGUUUCCAGGCUUCAGCCGUUGGCCAAGCCAUCGAUGAGAUCAACAGAAUGAUCUCAUGGCGUCUGGUCGACGAGCCCGUUCAGGAGAGCGACGUCAAUGAGGAUACGGCCGACCCCGACUACAGGAAGAAGGUCCGUGCAAAGAUCUUCUUGGGCUACACCUCCAACCUGGUGUCAUCAGGCAUCCGCGAGAUCAUUCGUUAUUUGGUACAGAACAACAUGGUUGAUGUCAUCGUGUCAACCGCCGGUGGCAUUGAGGAGGACUUUAUCAAAUGUCUGGCACCGACCUAUCUUGGCGAGUUUUCCAUGCCCGGUGCCGACCUUCGUCGCCGUGGACUCAACCGCAUUGGCAAUCUGCUCGUGCCCAACGACAACUAUUGCAAGUUUGAAGACUGGAUCAUGCCAAUACUCGAUGCGAUGGUCGAUGAACAGACGUCAAAUGGCACUGUUUGGACGCCAUCCAAGGUGAUCAACCGUCUUGGCAAGGAGAUCAACAACGAGGAAUCGAUCUACUAUUGGGCAUGGAAGAACAAAAUCCCAGUCUACUGCCCAGCUCUCACUGACGGCUCCAUUGGCGACAUGAUGUACUUCCACACAUACAGGAAGGAGGGCUUGGUGCUGGAUCUGAUUCAAGACAUCCGCUCAAUCAACAAUCACGCCGUCUAUGCCAAGCGCACUGGUGUGAUCAUUCUCGGUGGUGGUGUGAUCAAGCAUCACAUCUGCAAUGCCAACCUGUUUAGGAAUGGCGCCGAGUACGCUGUCUACGUCAACACUGGACAGGAGUUUGAUGGUAGUGACUCUGGUGCCCGUCCCGACGAGGCUGUCUCCUGGGGCAAGAUCAAGUUGGAUGCCAAGCCCGUCAAAGUCUAUGCCGAUGCAUCCAUCGUCUUCCCAAUCUUGGUUGCUGAGACCUUUGCCAAGACCUUCAUUCCCAAGUCUCCAGAGGAGUUGCUUAUGAACAAGAGAGAUUAA